CUCUCUUUUUCAGUAAACAACCAAUGAGAGGUAGCGUUUACAAAGGUCUAGUUCGGCGUCUGGUUAGUGAACAGUGGGCUGACUUGAGCCUAGUUAUUACUGUUUGGAAUGUGCUGCUGCAAGUCAGAUUUAAAAGGGGUUUUCCUGCUACUUACUAGUUCAUUGUGCAGAUUCUUGCAGGGGGAAGAAAAGCUGAAUUAAUCUAGAUGGACGCAAUACUGAAUUACAGGUCGGAAAGUACUGAAGAUUACUACACCUUACUGGGCUGUGAUGAGCUGUCUUCGGUUGAACAAAUUCUGGCAGAAUUUAAGGUCAGAGCUCUGGAGUGUCACCCCGAUAAGCAUCCUGAAAACUCCAAAGCUGUGGAGAUGUUUCAGCAAUUGCAGAUGGCAAAGGAGAUUCUUACUAAUGAAGAGAGUCGAGCCCGCUAUGACCACUGGCGAAGGAGCCAGAUCUCCAUGUCCUUCCAGCAGUGGGAAGCUUUGAGUGAUUCUGUGAAAACGUCAAUGCACUGGGCUGUCAGAAGUAAGAAAGAUCUGAUGCUGGAAGAAUCUAAUCAGACUCAUACUAAUGAGACUGAAAAUGAGGAAUGGAAUCAGCCAGGAGACAUCAAGAAAGAGUUGGUGGCGUCAGCUGAGCAGAAAAUGGAGCAAAAAGAAUCCGAGUCAGUGGAGAAUUCAUUCUCCCCACAAAAUCCAGAUUCUCCAAGUUUUUCAGAUAUGAACUGCAGGCACCUCCGUUUCCGUUGGUCUGGGGAUGCUCCCUCAGAGCUCCUGAGGAAAUUCAGAAACUAUGAAAUAUGAAAUGUAUUUCAUGGAAGAGAACAAGAGUAUCCUCUGUGCACCUGGCUUACAGUAUUUGUUUAGAUAUUUAAAAAAAUCCUGUUUGUAUGUAAUGAUUGUGAAUCGUUAAGUGCCAAUUAAUUGCUUCAUCCUUGAGUCCAUUCUCACAUUUCUUUUAAAUGAGACCAUUUUAGAAGACUAUAUUUGAAUAAAUAUAGUCUAUAUUUGAAUAAAUUAAAGUUUCUGUCCAGAGUAGAUUGUACCGUGUUCAUUUACUCUGUUGUUAUUUGUAAAAAAAUUCAUUUGGAGUCUAAUGUAUUUAAAUGUUUUAUUGAUAUGCUGUGAUCUCUACUAGUGAUGUAUGUACAAGGAAUAUUUUCUGACUUUGGACUUAAAAAUGAAAUGUGAAAUUACUUGUGUAAAUCCCAUGGAAUGAAAUAAAUAAUUUUCCCAAUAUCUAUAGAGUUUACUACAAUUCAAUUGGCUUUUUAAAAACUUUUUUUUUUUUUUUUACAAAUUUUAAUAAUUAAAACUUAAAAAUAAUGAGGAAAUUUGCUUUUACAAGAUUCUUUUUAUAUAGUAAUUGGUGAAUUUAUUAGUUGUAUUCUUUUAAAAAAUUUUUAUUUAUAAAAUGGAAACACUGACAAAACCAUAGGAUAAAAAGGGUACAAUUCCCACCACUAGAACUCUGUAUCCUAUCCCCUCCCCUGAUAGUUUCCUGUUCUUUAUCCCUCUGGGAAUAUGGACCCAGGGUCGUUGUGGGAUGCAGAAAGUGGAAGGUCUGGCUUCUGUAAUUGCUUCUCCACUGAACAUGGGCAUUGGCAGGUCGAUCUAUACUCCCAGCCUGUCUCUCUCUUUCCCUAGUGGGCCGGGGUUCUGGGGAAGCAGGGUUCCAGGACACAUUGGUGGGGUUGCCUGACUAGGGAAGUCUGGCUGGCAUCAUGUUAGCAUCUAUAACCUGGUGGCUGAAAAAAGAGUUAACAUAUAAAGCCAAACAAACUGUUGACUAAUCAUGAACCUGAAGGCUGGAAUAGUACAGAGGAAAAUUUGGGGUCUCUAUUUUGGAAAUAGAUAAUAGGCCUAUUUUAGGUCUAUUUCAAAGGGCCCAUGACUGUACUAGUUUUUCCUGAGCCUGACCUCUGACAUGCAGGUGGACCCAAGUUAUUGUCUGGGAGAUGAUGUCAUGGCUGGAAAAAGCGCUAGAAAGCUGGAUCAGAGAAGAGAGUAGCUCCCAAUUAUGGAAAAAGUGUAUGAAUAUUGUUGACUGUAAACCCCAUUGAUUGGAUCUGGCGCCCAUAUUCAGCUUAGGAACCUAUGUGACCUCUGCAUCCCUGUAGGUCUAUUAGUUACGUUCUAACUAUGAAAAUACAACUGUUAAGUAACAUACCUUUGAAAAAUUAUUAUUUUUAAAGUACUGACUUAUUUGUUUAUGUUACUUUUGAAUUUUAGGAUGUGGCUAUGUCUGGCAAGUAAGCCACUGAAAAAAGGGAUAAAUCAGAACUUUAAAAAAUUUUGUUUAUUUUUUAUUUGUAAUUAGUAGUGGGUUGCAAGAGUGUAAGGUUACAGGGUAUAGUUUCACACCACACCCACCACCAAAGUUCUGUGUCCCCCACCCUCCUACCUCUAAACAGAUAACAACUACCAUUGUCCUCACAAGGCUUACAAACAGUUUGCUUGCUUGUGUGUGUGUGCUUUGCAAGUUUAUGUAUAUCAGUUCUGUAGAUUCCACAUGUAAGUGAAACCAUCUGGUAGUUGUCUUUCAUCUCUUAUUCCACUAAGCAUAAUCUACUCCAAUUAUGACUGGUUUAUUUAUUAAUGAGAGAGAAAGAAAACUAGAGCAUCGAUUGCCCUGGAAUACGUAAUGCAAAGGGUCAAACUUGUGAUCUCAUGCUUUUAAGUUCAGUAGUCUACAGAUGCACAGCUUCCUUCCAGGCCACAACACAUCCUUUUCUUCCUUCCUUCCUGCGGGACUAUGUAAAAGCUUGUAGAGCUUAGGGGAGCUCUUCCAUCCUUGGAUGGAGGUCUGGAAAAGACACCCCCUUGUUAGCCUCUCUCACAGAGAUGAUCAAAGGGGAAAAAGUCUCCCAGACUCAGUUUCCCCUUAUUAGACUCUCAAGCCCACAGAGAUCUCACAGUUUCUCCCUGCUAGCAGCAGGCCACAUGGCUGCCUGCUUUAAGGUUCAUUCAAAGUUCACAUAGUCACUCAGAGUUCACAUAACCACCUCACUUUUGAUCACUAAGGAGAACAUACUCCAUAAAACACCUCCUUGACAUCAGACAGUGAAGCCCCCAAAAACAGUAUUUCCUUAUGGUCUUUGAUAUGUUGAUUUACAGCAAGCCUUGUUUAUCUUCUCUCUAUCUCACCCUGCUGGUUUAACCCCUAUGCUUCUCUCAAAUGCCUUUAGAUAAUUAACCUGUUUGCAUCAUGGAGAAUAAUUGUCUUAACCUUUAUGUAUCACAUCAAUUCUUGUCAUACCAGCCUCCUACCGUAGGGGCAAGCUGACCUUUAAGAAACCUGUAAUUUCUGAUGUAUUUGAAAAAUGUUCUUUGUUUGAAUCUCUAUUUAAACCCAAGCCCACCUUCCAAUAAAUGAGAGUGUUCAAAUU